AUGCUUUUCAAUUUGAAGAAUUUUUACCAUAUUACAAGAUUAACACAGAACAACAAGCAUCUGCCACGACAUUUUUGCCAUGGGCCACCAAAUCAAAUGAAUGUUUGUCUGAAAGGUCGUGACUUUCUUACUCUCCAGAACUACACAGCAGAUGAACUGAAGUAUUUGCUAUGGGUGGCCUCAGAUUUGAAACAGAGGAUAAAGGACAAAGGAGAGUAUUUGCCUUUGAUGCAAGGAAAAUCGUUGGCCAUGAUUUUUGAGAAGAGAAGCACAAGAACAAGAUUAUCUGCAGAAACAGGAUUUGCUCUCCUUGGAGGACACCCUUCCUUCCUUACAAAACAAGACAUUCACCUGGGCACUAAUGAGAGUCUCACAGAUACAGCAAGGGUGCUGUCCAGCAUGACAAAUGCAAUCCUGGCUCGAGUUUAUAAGCAUAAUGAUCUGGACCUAAUGAUGAGAGAAGCCACGAUUCCAAUAAUCAAUGGAUUGUCUGAUUUAUACCAUCCUCUCCAGAUUUUAGCUGAUUACCUAACCCUUCAGGAGCACUAUGGUGGUCUGAAUGGGCUCACCAUUGCUUGGAUUGGGGAUGGAAACAAUGUCCUCCACUCCAUCAUGACAAGUGCUGCAAAGCUGGGAAUGCAUCUCCACAUUGCAACUCCCAAGGGCUUUGAGCCAGACCUCAGAAUAACAAAAAUAACUGAGCAGUACUCCAAAGAGUAUGGUACCAGGUUGCUUCUCACCACAGAUCCUUUGGAAGCUGCAAACACUGCCAAUGUCUUAGUUACGGAUACAUGGAUAAGCAUGGGGCAAGAAGAAGAAAAGAGAAGAAGACUGAAGGCAUUUCAAGGUUAUCAGAUUACGAUGCAGAUUGUGAAAUCUGCUGCCUCCAACUGGACAUUUUUACAUUGUUUACCCAGAAAACCCGAAGAAGUUGAUGAUGAAGUAUUUUAUUCUCCAAGAUCACUGGUUUUCCAGGAGGCAGAAAACAGAAAAUGGACAAUUAUGGCUGUCAUGGUUUCCCUGCUGACAGAUUACUCACCACAGCUACAAAAGCCUACAUUUUGA